GGUUUGUUUUGUUUUGUUCCUUGAUGCAAAUCGUUCUUCGUUUGGAUCUUGCGUGCGUCUCUUAUUGAAUUGCAAGUAUUUUUCUUGUCUGUCCCGAGCAGUGUAUAGUAAUAAAUUUCCAAAUAAAUGGUGGAAAGAUGGUCCUCCGAUCGAAAUAUAAAAUUUAUGGAGUUAUACAAAAGCCACAUCAACUUGUGGAAUCCUGAGGACCCUGAUUAUAAGAACAGAGAUUUGCGUAAAGCCUCGCUUGAACACAUCCGCAUGGAAAUGGGUUUAGAAGACACGGCAGAAGUUACAAAAAAGGUGAAAAAUUUACGUUCUACAUAUAACCAGCAGUUAGUGAAGAUAAGGAGGAGCAAAGAGAGUGGAUGUGGCACUGAUGAGAUCUUUAAACCGACCAUCAAAUGGUUCAAUACUAUGGAUGCCAUUAUGAAAGUAAUUCAUGGGGAGGAAAAAAUGGCAAGAUUCCUGGAACCACAACUUCCACCAAUGACAUGGGACGAUUUUGCAGAAGAUUGUUUAGAAAGCAAUAACGAGAAUCUGGAAUAUGAUGAUAACAGCAACAACACCGUCGACAUAGAACCAACAGCUCUACCAGAGAUUGAAUUUUCUCCAGAACAGUUCCAAGUUCAAUUUGUGAAUGUGAACGAACUCAAGGAGCUAGACAGCAAUUCAAAAGCGCCUGCCUCUGCUCCGGGGAAAUCGGAAGAUGAAUGCGAAGUGAUUGGAAGACAUGUAGCACUGCAACUCAGACAGUUGCCACCAAUUGACAGAAUUGAUGCGACAGACGGAAUACAGGCAAUACUCUCUAGAUACCGGAGGAAAGCCCUCAAUGGCAGAUUUUCAAAUAUUCCUGCUAGUAACAUUUCUGAAUCUGUUCAAUCGACACAAACGACCACACCAAGAAUACACCCAAGCGAUGUAGUCGCUGCAGCAGCGACAUUGUCCAAAGUAAUAAACGAUUCUAUGAAUCUGACAUAGUAAAUCAAACAUUUC